GCGAGACUCUAGAUUCCCCUUCCCUUUACCCUUCCAAAGUCUGCUCUCUUUUAACUCUUUGGCUUUCCUUCUUCCACCACCCAAAAACCCAACCCAAAACCAGAGCAAGGAGCCUACUACUGCCAUUACCCCAUGAUAGUGGAGCGACUUAUUACGGUGGAGUAUCUCGAUCCAUCCAUGUCUCAGGAGCUCAUCGGCAAGUUCCCGGAUGCCACGGCUUUCGACUUCGACUACUCUCAGAGCGGGAUUUGGUCUCCCUUGCUUCCACGAGGCAGGCACAGUUCAUCUUCAGUUUUUCCUAUGGAAUCCCACAAGAAACUCUCAGACGCGCCUGGGAUUCUUUCUCCGGGAAUACUAAGGAAAGUGAAGGGAAAGAUAAGUAAGAAGCACAAGAAACAUAUGGUUGCUCCGAAGCGCUUGGAUUUCUCUACAAGUCCUACUCCUAAAAAGGGAUGGAACAAGGUGUUGAGAGCUGCUGUGAAACGCUUCAAGAUUCACAGAUCUCCCUGGCAGAUGAUGCUGCCCACUUUGUGAGGCAAAAAGUAUUUCCCUUCUUAUAUUGUGUCUAGCGUUAUUAAGUUGCUUCCAAAAAUCUAUUUGUUAGUCACGGCAAGGAUGUAUAUAAUUCUUGUUUGACAUUGCGGAAAUAAAGAAGUGGUGAUUGAUCCAUUAUGUAUGUUUCCGCGUAUCAAUAGCUAUGAAUCUUUAAUUGGGAAAGGAGGGGAAGAAAAAGAACAAUUGAAAUAUAAUUAGAUCUGAAUUACGACAAAAUUAUUAUGAUUACAUGUAGUAUUAGACCCCCUUUGUAAUUUUAGAAGUUGAUCAAAUAUAUAAAAUGCUGCAGAGGAGGUUGACCGUUGUA